AUGGAUCUACUGACCUCAACCCUCGAAUUCAUGCUGAACACCAUUUCUAGUGAAGAUGAACUGAUGAAUUUUGCCGCUACAUGGGGUAUUCAAGAGUCUUCAACUGUACGGUUACGACUUUUACAGAUACGAAAUCCUGAGUACGGUGGCACCUUUGUCAAUGAAGAACUUGACCUCAUACUUCAACAUUUUGGGGGAGCAUCUACAUCAACUGAUCAACAAAUGUCUUCUGCCAUGAAUGCCGAUUUAGACUUGGCAUUUGAUUAUGUUCAAGAACAAGAUGAAGUGGAGGGUGCCGUUCAAGCUAUUUUGUUUGACGAUGAAAUAGAAGAGGCAUCACAUGCUUGUGUUGAAGACGGCCCCUGGAGUCCGACGCCAGCUGUUCAAGCUACUUUGUUUGACGAUGAAGUGAAAGAGGCAUCACAUGUUUGUGUUGAAGACGGCCCAUGGAGUCCGGUGACAGCUGUUCAAUGCGGAGCAGGAGACGAACCGGGUCCGUCCAAUAGAUCCGACCAUCUCCCACAAGGCCCAUCACAUGAAUUGGAUACACCUAAACUAAAGUAUACUAUAAGAAAGAAAGGUGUGCGAACCUUUGCCAAAAAUGCGGCAAAGGAUACGACCUAUGAAGUCAAGAUAGAUGAAGAGUAUCACGGUCAACGUCUCCACGAUGUACGAAUUGGUCUUCACCAAAUGUUUGACGAUCUGUUAGGUCAGGCACGGGGGAAUUUAGCGGGAAAUGAUUUGGGUAGGGUCAUCAUUCAUCACGGGGGACUCCACGAUCCGAUCAUUAUUCCAUUACAGAAAUGGAGUGAACUCUGUGCCGAUGUGGUCAUGUCUAAUAUCGAAAAGGUACUUAAUAGUAACCAGGGGUUGGCUAUUGACUCAAGUUUUGAAAUAACUAUAGGAUCGAUCAAUUUACCCAAAGGAGGCACUAGACAAAGAAUCAUUAAACUUAAAGGAAAAAAUAAUUCUUUACAACUCAAAACUUCCAUCGUGACUAUAGAAAAUGAAGAUCAACUGUGUAUGGCCAGAGCUAUAGGGGUCAGCUGGGCAAAAUUAAAUAGAUGUUCACCGGAAGAAUGGAAAGAGAUUGUCAAAAACAGAGGAAAGAAAAGUAAUUUGGAACUGAUUCUGAAACACAACAAGGUUCCAAAAAGUUAUUUUUCGAAUUUGCUGAAAAACAAACGAAAUGAGCAGAGACAACUUGCAGUCAUACUCAGUCGAAUGGCGAAUGUACCUCUGGAUUGCCCAGCCAGUCUCAGUAACAUAGAAGCGUUUGAAGAAGUUCUCGGUGUGAAAAUAAUGAUAAUCAGCGCCCGAUUAGGUAACAAAUUUAUCACCAACCCUAAUACAGGCGAACACCCGUGUAUAUAUCUGUAUUUGGUCGACGACAAUCAUUUUAACGCCAUAACCAGUAUCACCGGAUUCUUCAACGCAAGCUACUUUUGUGACAAAUGUCUCAAGCACUACAGCAAUCUAGGAAGACAUGAAUGUGAGAUUAAAUGCCGUGUAUGUAAGAAGGACAACUGUCUCAUGUCAGAAAACACCGUGAUAUGUAAAGACUGUAACAUGAAAUGCCGAUCGCAAGAGUGCUUCGAUAGACACCGUCAAGGACCAGAGGGACUUAACCGUCAGCGAGAUGACGACCAAAGUAAAGAGGUGUCACAGUGUGAGACAUUCUGGAAAUGUCGUACCUGUUAUAAAGUCAUAAAUAGGACAAAGCGUAAUAUAAAAGAUCAUAGAUGUGGAGAAUACUUAUGUAAUUCUUGUAAAACAUAUGUGCUCGAAGAUCAUCUCUGCUUCUUGAGAGCUACACCAUACAAACAAAACGAUUCUAAAUUUAUCUUUUUUGAUUUUGAAUGUACUCAAGAUGAAGUAUUAGAAUGUCAAGAAGGAUACCGUCCAGUUGAGUGUGAACACAGUCAACCAGAUUGUAAUACUUGCCUUAAAUGUCAGAACUGUAAGUCUUCUUGGUGUGGAAAGUCGACUCAUCGACCCAAUUUUGUUGUCGCCCAAACAGCAUGUGAUGAAUGUAAAGACGAGGCGCCAGACACACCGUGUAAAAAAUGUGGAGAUCGUUGCGAAAACUGUCAGAAAGAGGAAAAGGAACCUUGUUUGCCGAGUUGCGGACAGCGUGAAUUUAUUUUUGAAGGUUGUGAGACGUUGGAAACCUUUGGGACCUGGUUAUUUUCAUCUCAACACAAACACUAUAAAGCCAUUGCUCACAAUAUGAAAGGAUAUGACGGUUAUUUUCUACUUGAGUAUCUCAUUGACCAGUCCAUACGCCCGAACAAAAUCAUUUACAGUGGUUCCAAAAUUAUGUAUAUGACGAUAGAAAAAGGUCUUAACAUUACAAUUAUAGACAGUUUGAAUUUUCUCCCCAUGAAGCUUGCUGCCCUGCCAAAGACGUUUGGCUUAACAGAGAUGAAAAAGGGUUGGUUUCCUCACUUAUGCAACACUAGGGAAAACCAGACUUAUAUUGGACCGUACCCAGACGCUAAAUAUUACGGAUAUGAUUUCAUGAGUGCCAGAGAACGAGAAGAAUUGUUGGCUUGGCUCGAUUCUAAGAAAGAAGAGACCUUUGACUUCCGAAAAGAAAUGCUUGAGUAUUGUCGUAGUGACGUUGAUAUUUUAAGAAAAGCUUGUUUAACCUUAAAAGAUUUGUUGAAAACCGCCACGCAGACUUCUGCCUUAUUAACGAAAAAGAAAAAGGGGAAGAUUGUUAAAGAGAUGUGUCCCGUCUCUGUUGACCCCUUUAACUAUUCAACCAUCGCUUCCGUGUGUAUGGGUAUCUUCAAAACCAAGUUUUUUGAAGAAGAAUGGGAGGUCAAAAUCAAUGACGCCAAAGAGUGGACACCUGCCCGAUACAUUGACGGUUACUUAGAAAUUCUGAAGAACGAUACUUGGAUUAAAGAAGGGCAUCUAGAAGACGACAUUAUCAAAACUAAACGGUUUAUAAAAUCUCCUAUUGCUCAAAUUCCGUCUGUCAGAAAAGACAGUUUCAGUCGGAUGUCUCUACAGUGGCUGGAGUUGAUGUCCAAACAAGAUGGUAUCACUAUUCAACACGCUCUCAAUGGCGGAGAAAAGACAUUACCGGGAACACGGUACAAAUUGGAUGGCUACUGUGCCGAAACCAAUACGGCUUACGAGUACCACGGUUGUGUCUUUCAUGGUUGUCCCGUCUGUUACGCAGAGGACACAAUUCACCCAUUAACUAGCCGGUCAAUGCGAGAACUCUACGUCAUGACCCAGAAGAAAAAGACGUAUAUUGAGCGUCUAGGAAUGACCUACAAAUGUAUUUGGGAACAUGAAUUUCAAAAUCAACUCCAUUCUGAUCCGAAACUUCAACAAUAUGUGACCUCUUUGGACUUUACUGACCGACUGGAUCCCCGAGAUAGUUUCUUUGGUGGUAGAACCAAUGCCAGUCGGCUUUACUAUAAAACUACAGGUGAUGAACAAAUCAAGUACAUCGAUUUUACUUCACUCUAUCCGUGGGUCAAUAAAUACUGUCAAUACCCUGUAGGACACCCUGAAAUAGUAACAUCAAAUUUCAAAACAAUCAGUGACUACUUUGGUAUUGCCAAAGUAAAAAUACUACCGCCUAGAGGACUCUAUCACCCAGUACUUCCUUACCGUUCAAAUGGAAAACUCAAGUUCCCACUAUGUAAAACAUGCGCCGAUACAGAAAACCAAAAUGAUUGCAUCUGUUCGAAAGAUGAAAGGGCGAUAAUUGGAACCUGGUGUACACCGGAACUUCAAACGGCUGUACAGCAAGGAUACACAAUCAUUCAAAUCUACGAAGUGUACCAUUGGUCUGACACGACAAAAUACAAUCCCUCUUCACAAGAUGGGGGUCUGUUUGCCAAGUACAUCAACACCUUUCUCAAGUUCAAACAGGAGGCAAGCGGUCCUCCCGACUGGAUCAAAACUGAGGAGGAUGUCCUCAAAUAUAUCAAUGACUACUUUCAAAAGGAAGGCGUCUCGCUACAGAGUGAUAUGAUCCUUAAAAAUCCCGGAUUGAGGGCGUUGGCCAAGUUGUGCCUCAAUAGUUUCUGGGGUAAAUUCGGACAACGUCUUAACAUGCGACAAACACAGUUUUUCCACCAGUCGGAAGUGGACAAGUUUUUUCAAAUAUUCACUGAUCCUAUGAAACAACCGCAGAACUUUCACAUCGUCGCUGAAGACACACUUCAAAUGGAAUGGACGUACAAGAAUGACUGUCUACCUGUGGAUAACAAAACCAACAUUUAUUUGGCCACAUUCACGACCUGUUGGGCCAGACUUAAACUCUACAGUGUAUUAGAAGAUUUGGAUCGUCGAGUAAUCUACUUUGAUACCGAUUCUAUUGUCUACGUGAGUCAACCCGGUCAGUACGAUCCACCACUAGGUGAUUAUCUGGGUGAACUCACCGAUGAGCUGAGUGAAGGUGAACACAUUGUCGAUUUUGUGUCUGCAGGUCCAAAAAACUACGCAUAUAAGACCAAUACAAACAAAGAAACCUGUAAAGUGAGAGGUUUCACUUUACAUUUUACAAACAGUCAAAUGAUCAACUUUGACAGUGUGAAACAGAUAGUUACAUGCCCAGAAGCGCUAUCAGCAGUAACAGUAGUUAAUCCGAGAAAAAUAUGUAGGGACAAAAGAAAACGAAAGCUCUACAAUAGAAAAGAAGAAAAAACAUACCAAAUGGUAUACACGAAGCGUAGAAGAAUAGACAACUUUGAUACGGUACCUUAUGGUUACUGAAAGUAAUUAGUUUUGGAUUGACCUUUGUUUAACAUUGUAAAUAAGAUAUGUACGUGACUAUUUGUUUUUUAUAUGGUUUUGGCAUGUUUUUGUACUGUUAUUGAAUAACCAUUUUAUUACCUGAUUGUACAUAUCAUAUUUGAUAUUGUUUUACUGUGGCAUGUCUUGUUUGAAAUAAAAGAACAUAUACGAUA